ACGGAGGCGGGGGGUGUCCGAAGUCUGCCACCUGAACCCGAGGACAGCACACGCUGCCGCACACUCUCAAAUCCCCAUUCCACCGGGCAGGAUGUCCCGUUAAACUCUCCCGGCCGCGAUCUUCCAAGCUGUGCAAGCAAGCCCUCCCGAUUCGUGAGCGGCGCCCGUCCCGCGAGAAUCUACCACCCCCAGCCCACGGCCGGGAGAUAUGCCCCGGAACCACGCGGACAACGGCAGCAUGUCGGACGAGAAACGGGUGGAGUUCGUGGGAUUGACGGCGGUGGAGAGUGGGCUCCCCGGCCCGGACGGGUCGGCGGGCAGUCCCGGAGACCGGCACCACAGCAGCCGGCUCAGGCUAGCGGGGGUGCCUGGAGAAGGAGAGAGACUGGGACUUGCGGCAGCGCCCGGGGACGGCGCGCAGAGUGCUCGCGUUGGGCUGCUGGGCAGACCACUGCCCCUGAAGCAUGGAAACAAGCGGAAUGCUCGCUACAGAAAACUGCAGAACUACUUGUACAACGUGCUGGAGAGACCUCGCGGGUGGGCUUUCAUUUACCAUGCCUUCAUGUGCAGAGUGGAGCAUAUCAUGACCGGUUGCAUCACAGUCUGGUGUGGAAACACCAAUGUCCAGGAACAAAAAAACAUACAAAAAGUCAUGGAAACAGCCUCAAGGAACCUACAAGGAGCACUGCCCCAAGAAAGCAGCACCCAUCGUCAAGGACCUUCACCAUCCAGACCAUGCUGCUGCCAUCGAGAAGGAGAUACAGGAGCCUUCAUUCCCACACUAGCAAGUUCAGGAACAGUUAUUACCCUCCAACCAUCAGACUUCUGAACCAGCAAGGGUAACUUCACUCAUCAUGACACCGAACUGAUUCCACAACCUAUGGACUCACUUUCAAGGACUGUACAACUCAUGUUCUCAAGCAACACGCAAAAAAUGAUGGAGGAACUCAGCGGGUUAGGCGACAUCUAUGUAAAAGAGACGACAUUUCGAUCUGAGACCCUUCAUCAGGACUGGGGAAAAUGGAUGAGGAGUCAAAGUAAGAAGGUUGGGGAGGGGAGGAAGAAAUACAAAGUGGUAGGUGAUAGGUGAAACCGGGAGAGGGUGACAUAAAGAGCUGGGAAGUUGAUUGGUGAAAGAAAGAAAGGGCUGGAGAAGGGGAAUCUGAUAGGAGAGGACAGAAGACCGUGGAAGAAAAGGAGGGGGGGAGGAGCACAAGAGGGAGGUGUGGGCAGGUAAAGAUACAAGAUGAGAGAGGGAAGACAGAAAGUACAGGAGAAUGGCACCGUAGUGUGGUGGUUAGUGUAACGGAGACCCAGGUUCUAUGUCCGUAAGGAGUUUGCACGUUCUCUCCCCAAGGCUGCAUGGGUUUCCUCCAGCUGCUCCGGUUUCCUCCCAUGGUCCAAAGUGUACGGAUCACAUGAGUAUUGCUGGGUUGUGCAAAUUCAUUGGUCCAGAAGUGCCUGUUAUUGAGUUGUAUCUUGAAAAUAAAUGAAAUAAAUAUACGGGCUGCUGAUGGUAAUUAUGAGACAGUAAAAAAAUAGAUC